AUGGAGCGGCCACGCCGCCGGGUCACCGCGUCGCCGUACAGCUUGGACAACCUGGGCAUGGGCGUACCCCGGCCUAUCCGGCGUUCUACCACCUCUCGCUCUUCGACGAUGCAGGGGAUGGAGCUUGCGUUUGCCGGCGCAGUCGUGUCUCCAGGCGUCCAAGACAGUGUGUUGAGGGCCCCCAAGAUCCCACAUGAGCUGCCUGGCGCAGCUGCUGGCGAGUCUUGUCUUCGUGACCAUGAGAAACAAGAUCGCUUGAUGUUGGCGUCAACCUUGGCUAAGUUCUGCAUUCAUCUUGGCGGCGCAGAAGGAAGCAGUGUGCUUGUUGCUAUGGGUACAUGUGUGUCUGUCAAUGAUAUUGCCCCUCUGUUCUGCGAUCGGGCGCCAUCUACUUUGCGUCGGCAUAUCUCGGGAUGGAAACGCUGGUUGCAGUUCUGUAGCGCGUUGGAGUGGAGCGCCGCUUCUCCAUCCCUCACGCAGGUUGUCGAUUUCGUGAAAAGCUUAUCUGAAGGAGUGCGAAGCGAUCGCGGCCGCUUGCGUGCCAAGUCUGCCUCGGGCGUACUGGCAGCAAUGAAAUUUGUUGCUUAUAAGCUACAGCUCUCAAUGCUUCACGCGUCGCUUACCAACCCCCUGGUACAGGCUUGGUCACGCCAAGGUAUGUGGGACAGCAUGCCAGUGAAGGAGGCGGUUCCUCUUCCACUUUGGGUUGUUCGCAACUUGGAGCUUGCAACCAUGCAGGAUCUUGGAGACGGAGAAUGGGUGGUUUUGUGCUGCUUGUUGAUGAUUUGGGGCAGUCUUCGUUGGAGUGAUGCUCAACGGAUGGAUCUUUCCUCCAUCUGUUCCAGCCGGGGCGAGGUCAGAGGGUGGUGUUGGCGCACCAAGUCUUCUCCCAGAGGCAUGCCCUUCGGAGUCCUCAGCAAAGGCUGUACAGGCUGCAACUGGGGAGCGCGCUUCUAUGACAGAGUUUGCCAACUGCGCUCUCAGUUUCCUAAGCGCGAUUUCUUGGUUGGCAGUUUCGACAAACCCAUAGGAUAUUCCUGCAUGCUGGCACAGUUGCGUCGUUGCUUGGUGCAUUUCGGUGGUGUUCCGCGGGAGCACGUUCACAUGUUCACUCUUCAUUCUUUGAAAACUACUGUUCUGGCCUGGGCCCUCCAACUACAGGUGGCCGAGCCUGAGAAGGCAGCUCAGGGCCAUCACCGCUUCAACGGCACUGCUCGGUGCGUGCCGCGGUACGGGCGGAACGAUAUCAUCCCGGCUAUACGUUGCCAAUCAAAGGUCAUUGGUGCGAUUGCUGGCGGCUGGGUUCCGUCAACACCCCUGAACCGGGGUUGCAUGACUUUAGAAGAGGCGGAGUCCUUUUUUGCCCGUGCUCAGGCUGCGGCCACUAUGCCAAAGCCAUCUGAUGCUCCUUGCGAAGCCUGCUCAGAUACCGGGGACGAGGACGAGGACGAGGUCGAGGAGGAGGGCGAGGAAAGUAUUUCCGAGCCCCAGCGUAUGUGCAGCCCUGGCAGCUCCUCUUCGGACACAGACAAUGCCAUCUCCAGUGAAGACGAAAGCGUUGCGUCGGGGUCAGAACAUGAGUGCGCCCACCCCAAUUGUGCAGGCGUGUGGAUCGUCAACGGCAGUUCCGGGUAUUUUCAUCGCGCGGUGAAGAUUGAUGUUGAAGAUUCGCGCCUGGUCUUGGCCAACUGGCGGUUGGCGUGCCGGCCUUCGCUGGCGCUGCGCGACUUCUACAGUUUGUCGCAAGAUGACCCGCAGUUUGCAGGUGUGAUUGCUUGUUACUGCAAGCGCAGUUUGGGUGGCGUCCCGGACGCACAUGUGUGCGUCGUGAGUACGGGCCCCCUAGUUCGCUUUGCGACCAACAUCGCACGGUCCUACGUGAUGUCGUUGUUAGUCUGGAUGUACUCGCGUAUUCUUGAGCUAUCACCUAAGUUGUCAGCCAGUACUGGCGCUUGCGAUUGGUUGUUUGUGCCUGCUUGUUGCUGCUUGCGUGGAGCAAUGGGCGACGAUUCCAAGUGGUUGGAGUCAUUAGGCGCAACGGGAGUGCCUGAUUCGAUCUUGAAGAAGGUGUCCUCGAGUUAUUGCUCCCUCCAAGUGUUUGCGCAUUCCUUCGACGAGAAAGCGCAUUUGGACUUGUUUGCUCACUCGCUGCUGAAGGAGGCCAAGUUGGUUCCAGAGGAAGCAGCAGAUGUGACUUGGAAGUUUCAUCCUGUGCUGGGAUCCCUGCGUGCGCUGUGGGUAAAAGCACGUGCUAGCAUUGCCGCUGGUCCGUUGCCUGCGGCCGGCAGCUUGCCGCCAGCACCUUUCCCACCCGCAGCACCUGCGCUCAAUGCGUCCUCAUUACUCUCUCUUGGUGUCCCUCAGCAGCGUUUAAACACAGCUGAGCGUGACAAGCUGAAGCGUGCCUUCGAAAAGUCUUACUCGGGAGUGGUCCUUGCUCCUUCGACGCUGCCGGGCCUUAGUUUCCUGCAGUGUGUGCAGUCCCAGUGCGCGUCUAAAUCUUGGGAGUGGCUGUGUUGGAAGCGUGUCCUCAGCGAAGAAAAUGUCGGGCAGAUCAAGGACAGGAAGCGUGGAAGCCAGCCCCUUGAGGUCGCCGACCUAUUGGCCCAUGCAGCUGGCUUGGUGCAUGACGAACUUGAUAUUGAUCUCGGUGGUUCAGCUUAUCGUGUGGAAAAGCUGCUGACUGUGCGCUCCCACGCGUACUGCAUGUGCGGCGCAGGGCAUUUGUCUUCUUGGGGGUUGUACACCCAGGCCUUUAUGGCUCUGUACACCAAAAAGCCACCGGAGGGCUUCCGGGCACCAAACAUUCAGGAAGCCGAAGAAGCGGACAAAUGUGCCAUGUGUGCGGUGUUUGAAUUAGCCUUUGAGGGUUCGUCCUUGGAUGAUGCAUUUGCCACUGUCGUCACGGACCGAGGCAUGCUGCGUGGCUUGCUUGUUCCCCAGCCCCGUGUGAUCAAGGGCCCAAACAAGCCCACGCCAACCCUCAAGGACCCCAGGCAGCCUCCUCCUCCUCCCACGCCCAAGGGUCCGAAACGGAAGAAUCAGAACACUGAGCUGGCGCCUGCCAAGAGAGUCAAGAAUGCCUUCUGCAAUGCCUUCCAGGAGGGCAAGUGCUCCCGCUCUGCGGAUGACUGUCGUCCAGCUGUAGAGGACCAUCCUGCGUCGGGUGGACGCUGUGUCCGAUUGAAGAGUGCGUCAGCGUAUUCUGAAGUGACACCUCAUCUGCCUGACCGAUCGGGCGUGUUUCCGAUCUCAGUUCCUGAUACUGUGUGUGAGGCAGCGUUGUGUCCUGUUCCCAGACAUUGUACUGCACAGCCGGCGAAGACUGUCUCUUCUGCGCCCGAUGUCAUUCAGUCGGUGCCUGCGUGGGAUCAUCAGCCUCGACUGCACAUCCCUGACGGCGGCGGGAACGGGUCCAGUGCUGCGUGGCACUCCCCGUCCCUGUUGGAUUCUGCAAGCGCAGACUGCCUUUUCUCAGCCGAUGAGAUUGGGAAGCUUCGCAAUUGCCUAGUGGAGUUUGUAUGCGCGAAAGGAUUCCCUUGCACUGCGGCGAUUGCUGAGUUCCAGCCAUUGCUGCUAGACGUUUGGGAAGCUUUAUGCAAGAUGACCGGUGACAUUGACUCCAUCUUGCCUUCCGUCCUGCGCGAGGGCGUGCCCACCGGCGUUCUACAACCCAUCCCACCGUCCGGGGUUUGGGACCCUGUUGAAGCUGCCGAGCCCACCUUGCCAGAGGAACUCCUUGUGCACCUUGAGCCUUGGCGCAGCGGGUCAGAGGAUCCUGCUCUAACCAGGAAAUUAUUGCAGAAGGACAUCGAUGCCGGGCACUUGUUCGAGGUAGUUGGCGGUGAGUCCGCUGCACGCUCUCGCUGGGGGAAAAACUUGGCAGCCGGAAAACUUGGUGUUGUGCAUGCUGCAGGUAAAAACCCCAGGUUAAUUGGCGAUGGCUCUGUGAGUGGUGCCAACGCCAUGUGUCUCAUCCUCGAGAAGGUGCACCUUCCAACCUUGCAUUCACUGCAGCGCUUCCUCAGUUCUGCCCCGCCGGGGUCUUGCUGGACGGCGCUUUGCUUCGAUGUGCGCGGAGCACACAAGCUUGUCACUGUGCGGGAAGCAGAGCGUGGCUUUAGCUGUUUUGUUCUUGAGGGGAAGUGGUAUUGCUAUCGUUUCUGCUAUUUUGGAUGCAGGUGGGCUGCGUACUGGUUCUCCAGGUUAGGCGGGAUGCUGGUUAGGUUCCUACAUCAAUUCGUCCGCAUUCCGCACGGGCUUAUGUUGUACGUGGACGACGGCAUUUUGCUUGUGCCUUCUAGCGUUGCCCCGCUGGUCGCUGCAACCAGCGUCAUGUUUUUGUGCAGUUUGGGCAUCCCCCUAAGUUGGGAGAAGCUGAAGUUCUCCCAGCAACUCUCCUGGAUCGGCUGGCGGUUCCAGUUCGAUUCUUUCACUGCUGUCCUGCCCGAAGCCAAGGCCGAGAAGUGCGUUGGACUUCUCCAGCCUCUACUUAGGUCGGGAGUCAAGAUGCUGCGUAAAGAUGUGGAGCGCGUGAUAGGACUGCUCUUGUGGUUCACGUGCGGCGCCUUCUGGCUGCGCCCCUGGCUGCAAAGCUUCUAUGCACUGCUGCAUAAGCCCUUGACGACUUGUCGCCUCUUGACGCUGGAGCAGUUUGGUGAUCUGCUAGAUCACCUCAGCGAUCGGCUCGUUGUUCAUGGCAGUGUGCCUUGCUGUGAUAUUCUCGAUGGCUGGAAGCUGCAUUCAGUUAACAACACGGUAGUUCGCUCCCUUGAUGCCCCCGCCUUGCAGUGCCCGCGGGUUAAGGGCGGUCAGGUCUCGGUGGUGUUUUUCGAGUAUGGGAGCAGGUUUGUUCGGCCGAACUCUGACUGCGCCUUCGCCGCCAAACUCUUCCUUCGGUCAGUUUCAGAGCGUGUGCAGAUUCCCCUUGUCAUUGCGCCGGCGUGCCCUACUGUGUGUGCCGCGGACGCUUUCGCCACCCGCGACCGUGCAGGUAUAGGUGGGUUUUGGUUGCCUGCCGACGCUGCUGGAGACAUGUCGCAGGCCCGUUGGUUCAGCAUGCUUUUCUCAGCGGCCGACCUGCCGACAUGGUUCCAUUGUGAGGGCGGUUCUGGACUUCAGGGCUGCAUUGCUGCGUUCGAGGCUCUUGCUCAGCUUGCACUCGUGGUGUUGCGUGUACGGGAAUCGGGGGUUUUGCCUGAAGGGUUCUGCUUAGUACAGUUUGCGCAGCUCUGCGACAACCAGGCCGUGACCGCGUGCUCGGUCAAGCUGCUUUCCAUGCACAAGCCUUUGUGUUUUGUGCUUCAGGCUCUAGGGUACUGGGCUUGCCGUUGCCACUUUCAGCUUCAGGUUUCUCAUAUUGCUGGCGUUCGCAACUGUAUUGCAGAUCAACUUAGCCGCGGCAUCGUUCCCGCCUCUUUGAGUCCAUCUAACAGGCUGGUGCCUGAUACUGACCAGUUGCUGAGGGCUCCGUGGGAGUCCUGA